UGAGCUAUAAUGAGCGGAAGAGGUAAAACCGGUGGAAAAGCCCGCGCUAAGGCUAAGACUCGCUCUUCCAGGGCGGGACUGCAGUUCCCCGUCGGUCGUGUUCACAGGCUUCUCCGUAAAGGCAACUACGCCGAGCGCGUCGGUGCCGGUGCUCCGGUUUAUCUGGCCGCUGUGCUCGAGUACCUGACCGCUGAGAUCCUGGAGUUGGCCGGAAACGCCGCUCGGGACAACAAGAAGACCCGUAUCAUCCCCCGUCACCUGCAGCUGGCGGUGCGUAACGACGAGGAGCUGAACAAACUCCUGGGCGGAGUGACCAUCGCUCAGGGCGGCGUGCUGCCCAACAUCCAGGCCGUGCUGCUGCCCAAGAAGACCGAGAAACCCGCCAAGACCAAGUAGACGGAGUGAAGUUUCUUGUCAAACCAAAGGCUCUUUUAAGAGCCACCCAUUUUUUUCCUUAAAGAGUGACUUCAUUUAUUCAGUCUGAGUUUGUGUGAACACAGGCUUAAGCCUUCAUUUCUAAAGGGGAAAAAAAACAAAAAAACCAACACACUUCAAUGCUUAUCUUAAAAAAGUCAGGUUUAAUGUAAAAUACGCUCUUGGCGUGACCAAAUACACUUGUAUUUGCAUAUGUAACUUAUGCUACUUGGUUCAUUACUAUGGCUUUAAUUGAUUAAAAUGCCAUUACAUGUAAAACGACAAUCUCACUAAAUAAUUUCAAAAAGUAAAUAUCAGUGUGAACUAUUGACUAAUGGGCUCACUUAAAAUUGUCUAAAUUUACGGAACCCACACAAAA